ACUUAAUUUAAAAAAGGGAACAACAUUUAUUUUGGAUGAAAAAAAAGGAAUAGACUUGUCAAGUCUGACAACGCUGCGUCCGACAACGGAAAAAUAGUCGUGCAAAAAUCGUCGAAUGUAAACAUCAAAAAGAAAAAAUCGUCACUGGAAGAAUCGUCGCAUCUAAAUCUCGUUAGUUAGGUCUUGGACUUGGAUUUUGCUAUGAUUUAUCUAUGGUCUUGACUUAAAUCUUAAUUUGAUGAUAAUUUUGAUUAUAUUUAAAUAAGUUUAUUUCAUUUUAAACAAAAUUACAAUAAAUACAAUACUUUUUUGCAGUAAUCCGCCUCUUUGUUCUUGUUAGUAACUAAAAAAUAUUGAAACGCACUUAAAAGCUGACACGAUAACAACUUUUUCUAAACAUAAUGGACUCAAAACCCCACAUGAUCGAUACAUACAGUAUAAAAUACGAAGAAAAAGAAGUCGAAAAGCGAGCCACAUCAUUGGACACAAAUCUAUGCAAAAAGAAAUAUGCCGAACUGGGCGCAAUUUUCGAGCAGGUAUUGAAAUUAAAAAAAGACAAAUCAACCAAGUCAGUUUCAGAAUUAAAAGCCAAGCGCAAUGAAGCUUCCUUAAUGAUCGUCCUAUUGAAAAAAGUUAAUCGAUUGGAAAAGUAUCGUAUUCGCACCGGACGCGAAGUUUUGCAAAAAGAAAAACUAAGAGUUGACAACAAUAGACUCCACCUCCAGAACCUUCUUUAUGAAAUUAGUUAUCUAAAGAAAGAAAUUCAACGUUGCUACCAAUUCACUAGCUGCGAUGAGUACAUUAAUCUUGUUUCCGAAAACGAGUUCUAUGAAAAAGCUCCAUUAUCUAUUUCACGACCAGAGGCCACUAAGGUUUCAGAGCACAUCAAAAGAUUGGCAAUGCUUGAAUGGGAGCUACAACAACGCAAGGAAUUAUCACUUCUAUGUGAGGAUUUGGUCUGUCGAAAAGAUAUCGAGAUCAAACGAAUCUCAAGCACUAACGAGAGAUUGGAAUCGUUUGGGCCCUCGCUGUCUACCCUUCUGAAGGCAACUAAAAGAUUACAAUCGAUUUUGGGACUCGAUAUCGAGAAAGAGUGGGAGGUGAAUAGUAUUGCUAAGCUCUUACCGCAGUCACUAUACAUGUUGUACAUGAAAUUGACAUCCUUUGCUCAAUCUUUUUGCCCAUCGUUAAAUGUAACUGUGGAAGGCACAGAGGAUGAUGUCCGGCAAUAUGAAUUGACAAAAGGUGACGAAGAGACGCAUGAUUACGAACAAAAUUCCGAUGGUGAAGAAGUGGACUCUAAGCGAAAGAAACAUUCAAAUAAGUCCGAGAACGCUGAGAAGAAGGCGAAAGUUAAUUUCGAGCCAUUUCCGCUUUUUAUAAAAUUCACAAUAAGUCGAACUGAAGAACCUAAAGGAAAUAUAUCGAUUGAAAUCAGAUACUUCCCUACUUUGGGCUUCGUAACUGCGGCUUCUAGCUUAAAUAUGGACAGUUUACCCAUGACUGAAGUCGUUUCGUCAGAGAAUAUCCUAAACUAUUUAUUUGAAGCAGAUUCUGGUGAUACCAAUCCUUCUCUAAAAUCAAAAUAUCAACUCCAUGAAAUGAAGACAAAUGAAGAAGACUGCCUCAAAUGUCUUGAAGAUAAUAAACAUGGAAAACCUUACAAAUGGGUUCAAAAACUCUGUGGCUUGGACUUUUUUGAAGUUGAUUCGAUUGCCGAGCUUUCGCCUAAGCCACAAACGGAUGCAGAUAAGGAAAUCACAGUGGGAGAGAUUAUUAAGAAAAUAAAAUUUCAAUGGAGUUCUCGUUUAAACUUGUAUAAGCAACUUUUUCAGUUGGAAAACAAGAGUAAUAAUAUUUUCAUGAAGAAUUCCAAUUUUAUAAAUGUAUCUUUGUGCAGCAGUAUUACUCUAUGGGCUCCCAUCACCUGGGAAGAUUUUAUGCAGAAGAACUCACAGCAUAUGUUGAGUCAGAAAAAAUUCGUCAAGCCUGGAAAUCUAUUUUAUCGAGCUGUCAUCACACGAGGAAGCAUGAAACUUGAAUGUUUUAUAAGUAUAUCACCAAACUUCCCAACUAAAUCUCCAAUUUGGUCGUUUUCUGUAUUCACUGAUACUAAAACAACAGCAAGUAGAAGUGCUGCAAUUAAAGACAUGGAAUACUGGACAAAUGCAUUGACUCAGUCGCAAUUAAAGAGUAAAUCGUCUUUGUUGUUGUCACAGAUGGUGCGGACACUUUGCAGUUUUGAUAUAUUUGUUGAGACCGAUGUCACUCAGCAGAAGUUGCCUGAAUUUACACAGGAUAAGAUUAUGUUGAAAUCCCACUCGAAACGAAACAGGGGACUGCCGCUGAAAUUUGUUAAGAACUCAAUUUUCAAACACUUUUAAGGUAUACAUAAUUAGAUUGUUAAACUAUUAAAGUUGCUUAUCACUCAGCUGGUACUUGUUUUGUAUUUUA